CUCAACAAACCCUAGUCUCAAUCCUUCAACAGCAUCACGUCCUCCGCCCACUCACGAAGAAUUUGAUUGAACCCCAGAUCCUUUCCCUUGGGUACACGACCCCGUUCCCCGCAAACCCGGCAAUUCGCCUCCCCCAACCCCAUUCCCUUCGUCUCUCAUCCUCCACAAACGCUCCCUCCUCUCCAUGACAUGUAACAACACCAUGAGCAGGCAUGGCAUCGUCCUCGGACGCAGUCCUCACGCUGGCAUCGACUGCUAUAUGCGUCGCCCUCAUUGUAGCUAGGUGUCUGUACCGCCUCAUAUUCCGCUGCCACAUCCACAGAACAUGCCACCGCCGAUGGCGCAUCGAUGACUUUUACAUGACCAUCGCGGUGCUCCCGCUUAUUGGGCGCGCAGUGUGUAUACUCCUCUCGUUCACGCUGAAUCCGGACCAUACGUAUGAUCCUGCGACGGAGGCGGAGGCGCAGACUUGGGGGGAGAGUGUGCAGAGUAUUGAUGGGGAUAGAGAGCUUUCGCAUAAGCUGCUCAUCCCUGCGCGGAUAUUCUACGCCAUGUUUUUGUGGUGCUUGAAGUUGGGGCUGUUGGCCUUUUAUUCACGCUUCAUCGAUGUCUUUCGCUGGGGCAAACCCGUCACGGAUGCGCUCUGGUGGUUCAUCAUCGCUACCUUCAUUGCGGUCAUUAUAACAAUCCUCGCCGAAUGUCGCCCUCUAUCACUAAUGUGGGCGCUUAACUACGAUGAUACGAAAGUCGCAUGCAAUCGCGCCGUCGGCAACCUGAUACUAAUGGCGAUUUGCAAUAUAAUAAUAAACAUUGCGCUUAUAAUCCUCCCGUUUCCGAUGCUUCGACAUCUACGUCUCGAUAUCAAGGAGAAACUACAGCUUGGCUUCUUGUUUAGCGUUGGCGCUGUGUUGGUAGCCAUUACGAUCCUCCGCCUCCCUCUCAUCCUCAACGAAUCCGUGUCUCAACGAUCCCGAUCGAUGUGGGCUUCAAUUGAGAUUCUCUGCGCAUGCAUCGUCUCCAACACUCCUUUCUUCUACGCUCUAGUCAAGGACAUGAAACGACAGCACGACGACCGGCCCGAACGAUCACCGUCGAACGCAACAAAUCCAGGGGACUUUGACUUUUACGAUCUACAGAGUUUACCGUCGUCGGCGGGUGUGCACAUGCCUGCGAGAUCAUCGCCUGAUACGUCGAAAUGUACAAUACGGUAUUUGGAGAAUGUUUGACGGGAGAUGUUGGAAUGCGCUGAUGGUGGGAUAGUUAGUUUAAUGAUACCCAAUACGAAGAGAUAUGCUUAUGAAGCUUUAUUUGCGUAAUUGUUGCUCUUGCGAUUGUCGAAUUGAUGAUCGGUCGAGCGGAUGCAGUGUUCCGACCAGUCGCCGCGGACUCAUCGGCCAACUGCGAUGUCGGAUACUGCGUGAUGAACCGCGAAUAUCUUGAUGG